CGUUGACACGCAGGCGCAAAGCGGUGUGCCAGGUUGCGCACGCGCACGAGGGCGAGGCGCAAUGGCAGGUGCUGGCGUGCCCCUGCGGCCAGGGAUGGUGCGAUCGGCCCUAGUGUUGCUUGUGGUGUACACCGCCGGCGCCCAGGGGCUUUACUUCCACAUCGGCGAGACCGAGAAGAGAUGCUUCAUCGAGGAGAUCCCCGACGAGACCAUGGUCAUCGGCAACUAUCGAACCCAGAUGUGGGACAAGCAGAAGGAGGUCUUCCUGCCCUCGACCCCCGGCCUGGGCAUGCACGUGGAGGUGAAGGACCCGGACGGCAAGGUGGUACUGUCCCGGCAGUACGGAUCCGAGGGUCGCUUCACGUUCACCUCCCACACUCCCGGUGACCAUCAGAUUUGCCUGCACUCCAACUCCACUAGGAUGGCUCUCUUCGCUGGGGGAAAACUGCGUGUGCACCUGGAUAUCCAGGUUGGGGAACAUGCCAACAACUAUCCUGAGAUUGCUGCUAAGGAUAAACUGACAGAGCUGCAGCUCCGUGCCCGCCAGUUGCUUGAUCAAGUGGAACAGAUCCAGAAAGAACAGGAUUACCAGAGGUAUCGUGAAGAGCGCUUUCGUCUGACCAGUGAGAGCACCAACCAGAGAGUCCUGUGGUGGUCCAUUGCUCAGACCGUCAUCCUCAUCCUCACUGGUAUCUGGCAGAUGCGUCAUCUCAAGAGCUUCUUUGAGGCCAAGAAGCUGGUAUAAUGCCCACUCCACAUAGCCUUUUCUUUCCCUCAAUUAUUUGGUACUUUCCCCAUCUAGUCCCUUUCCCACCUAGAUUUUGGGAGGGGGAAAAGAACUUAUGUUGCCUUGGUAUCCUGGCAACAGACCAUUCAGAUCAGCUCUUUGUUAGCCUAGACCUCAAGGAGACAGGACAGUGGUCCAAGCUUUCAAACUCUUAGGGCUUGGGAGGAGUUAGAAUUAACUCAAGACCAAGUCCUGUGUCUUUUUUCCUACAGUGAUUCCCACCUGUUCUCUAAGAAAUGAGCAAAUGACUGUUUUCUCUUUGCUUACAAAGUGGGCAGUUGACAUGCUUGUGAACAAGCCCUGCCUUGUUACCCCCUGGUCAGCCCUGGGUUCACCUUAAUGGCUUUGUGAAUGUAAAUAAGGGGCAAGUCUUGGCCCUAGAGAAUUGAGAUGUUUUUCUAUAUAUUAGAACUAUUUUUUGAUAAAUUAUAUAUUUUCUUUUCUAGUUGAAGUGUUUCUGCCUGUAGCUAACACCAAUCCAGUCCUUGUGCAUUCUUCUAUUCACACAUUUUUAGUAACUGCCAUAGCAUCUCUCUGGAUUUCAGCAGAUGUUAAAUUGCAGAUGUUAGAUGUUAACAUCUAACAGAAAGAUGUCAGAAGGCCAAGCCGAAUUCUUGUGGACACUUGUGAUUCCUAAUCCAUAGGUCUCAGUCAGAGCUAAGAUAGCAAGAUAGCUGACACAAGGCAGUGCACUCUUCCCCUCCCUCUUCUCUUGAGUUUUAUUUAACUGUAGUAAAUUUUUUCUUCAAGGGAAUCGGAUUUGGUUCUUGAUACAGACUUUUUCCCAAUAAAAUAAAACAUAUUGUAGUAACUGUGUAUGAGAUGAAAUAAACAGUGGUGGGCAGAGGGUGGCAAAAGAGGAAGAGGAAAAGUUCUUGUCUUGAACUGCCUAUGUGGAUAACUGAAGUGGACUUGAGUUCAUCAGGCAGGUCUGUUCCAGGGGCCUACCAAUGGAUGGGGUGUUGCUUAAUUGUUUUCAAAGGUCAACCAAGUAGACAACAUGUCAGUAAGGGACUGCCUGAGUAAAUGAAGUACUUGGUUUCUUAGCCUCUGAAUCAUAAACUUGAACAGCUCUUAGUACACUCUGCUCAUGCUCUUCUCCUGUAUAGAACCUCAUACCAUUGGUUGCCCAGUAUUGACAUUUUAUUUCUUAAAUUUUAUUAUAUAUUUAUUUGAAAUAUUAUUUAUUAAAUUUAUCUGACAUACA